AUGAACCAACUAGUGAAACUAAUACACGAGCUGCCUAAUAUCGAAAAUACAAUACCUCAUACAUUAUAUCAGGCAUCAUCACCGAAAUUAAAUCUUGCUGAAGAGGACAAGUUUAUAAUAUACGCCGGUGGGGAAAACUUUUCCCUUUUGACAAAUACUGAUUUGUCUGAUCUAAAUCCAGUGUCAGUAUCUUUAUUUGUACUAAACACAAGCUUUAUAAUUUGGUUCAACUUAAACAACGUGGGUAUCGAAAUAGCUUAUCCUGCAAUAGUCUUCCAUGGUUUGAAUGAAGACUCUGUAUAUUUGAAUAUAGAAGAUAACCAGAUAAUAGGAACUUACCUAACAAUCAGAUACAACACAGAGCUGCAGAAUAAUUCAAACCCAUUGUUUAGCACCAUUCAUUCCAAAAUCACAAAUGUAUAUGAAGCUAUUUCAUAUGUUUCUGAAUUCCAUACAGUUUCCUCAGACGACGACUAUGAUGAAGGUGAGGUUACUGGCCUUCCGACAUUGGAAGUAUCACAUACAAGUUCGGAAUUAGAAAGCAGUGCUUUAAACAGUUUUAACAAUUCUGGACAGGCGGACGACUUGGACGACGACAUAAUUGAUGACGAUGAUUGUACCCACAAUGUUGCAGGGAUGCACGUUGAGGUUGGUUUUGCCUCGAUUGCUGGGGUAAAGACAAGACGCAAUGAACUAGAAGAUUAUGAUGGGUUGACAACUAACUUGAAUUCUAAUAAAAGGAACAAAUUGCAUUAA